AUGUUUGCAAAGAUCGCCGCCAGUCUUCUAGCCGGCCUCGUAGGUCCGGCGCUAGGUCAGCUCGAUGCCGUGCCCCCCGGUUUCAGCACGGAACGGUGGGCGUGGGUCUCCAACGAGGAUCCGCUUCUCGCCGUGAUCCCAGGCCGUUUCAACCGCUCCAUGUGGGAGGCCCCUUCUGCCGCCGAGGUGUCUGACCCCAGUGUCGCCGCCAUCAACGAACACAUCAACCAAACCAGCUUCGUCGCCUAUGACGAGCGCUUCUUUGACAUCAUCGGACCGAACGCUACCGUCGAGCAGCUACAGGUCCUCCCGUUCCAAGUGCACGAAGCCUCGUGCUACAUUCCCGAGCAGUCACUACUCUUCUUUGUAGAAUGGGGACCGCCAGGAGGCGAGAACGGCACGCAUGACUGGCAGUAUAUCUUGGAUGUCCGCACCAACAAUCUCACCAAGAUCCAGACGAACCCACCCACGCUUAAUGUCCACGGGUGCGUCUACCAAAAUGGCAAGUUGCAUGUCGUCACGGAUGGAGGGCCAGAUGAGACGGCAUACCUGGCGAUCAUCGACCCCAAGACGUGGGAGCGCAAGACCUUGCUGAACAACUUUUACGAGCGACCCUUUAUGAGCUUCAAUGACCUCGAGUUGGACCGUGAGGGUAACUACUAUAUGACGGACUCCAGAUCCGGCUGGGGCCGAGACUUGAACCCCUACUCCAUGCCCUCGCUGCCGACGGUAUACUUCGUCAACGGCACCACGCUGCGGAUCAAGGAGCUGGCGUACCUGCAGGGCAACACCAACGGCAUCUCGCUUUCGCCCGACGACAAGACGCUCUACCUAGCGGACACGGGAGCCUCCGAGACCAAGCCGUCGCGGCGGAACAACCUGGGCCCGCGCGACCUGUGGGCGUGGGACUUUGCGGUUUCGCCGUCGGGACAGGGGGAGGAGAGACGGCUGCCGUUGCUGACGAACCAGAGGUUGCUGAGCCGCGCCAUGCAGUACUUUUACGACGGCGUCCGCGUGAGCCGCGGCGGGUGGAUCUUUGGGGCGGGCGGCGAGGUCGUUGACGUCCUGGACCCCGAGUCCGGGUGGACGCUCGGCUCGAUCCGCGUUGGCGGCGGCGGGAACGACCCUGUUAACGUGGCGUUUGGCGAGCACGAGAUGUGGAUUGUGGGCAAGGGUGGUGUGUGGCAUGUCAAGGAUAUUCGGGAGAGACUUGAUAAAGGCAAUUUAGCCGUUGCAUAG